GUCGGACUCGGCAAUCGGCAAAAAGGCGACAAUCCGACAUAAUCCAAAUAUCCGUUUUGCCGUGCGUUUCGUGUUUCGUUGUCUAGUCCCUGUUCCCGCGGGUUUAGACUCGUCCUCUAAAGAUUGCGGCACCUGACGAAUUAAGAACCAGCUUUCAUUGUUGCCUAAAGAGAUCCUACACAGUUGGGAACACGCGAAGUUAACGCUCCACCCUUCCGUGUUUGCGUGUGAUCGUGGUGAUUCCGAAGCUUUCGACGAUGUCAACAGCCAUGGAAAAGCAUCUGUUCAACCUGAAGUUUGCUGCCAAGGAGCUGGAACGGAACGCCAAAAAAUGUGAGAAAGAAGAGAAAGUCGAGAAGACAAAAUUGAAAAAGGCAAUUCAGAAGAACAACAUGGAAGGUGCGCGGAUCCAUGCGGAGAACUCGAUCCGCCAGAAAAACCAGGCCCUGAACUAUCUGCGGAUGGCCUCGCGGGUGGACGCCGUGGCCAGCAGGGUGCAGACGGCAGUGACGACCAAGAAGGUGACCCAGUCUAUGGCGGGCGUGGUCAAGGCCAUGGACGCAGCCAUGAAGAGCAUGAACCUUGAGAAGAUCUCCGGCCUGAUGGACAAGUUUGAGAAGCAGUUUGAGGACCUGGACGUGCAGUCGGGCUGCAUGGAGGACACGAUGAGCCACACGACCACGGUGACGGCGCCCCAGCACGAGGUGGAGGGGCUCAUGCACCAGGUGGCCGACGAGGCCGGGCUGGAGCUGAACAUGGAAUUGCCCCAGGGGGUGAACAGCACGAUCGGGCAGUCGAGUGCAGCUUCCACUGAACAGGACGAGCUGACGCAGCGCCUGGCCAAGCUGAGGCAGCUGUGAUUGACAGCAGACUUUUUCAAAUGUUUUGUUUGGCGCAAGUUAACACUCACGCCUCCAAUUAUUGCUGCUGUGGAUCGGCAACAUUGUACAGAAAGAUGACAUGUUUAUGUUAGGAUGCACCUUGUUAUUUUGCAAUCCAGCCAGCUCCUUUAAAAAUUUAGCAUGUUCACAGAUGCAGGUGACAUGGACGCUUCUAAUGCUAAAGCCUCUGCUGUGGUAAACGUUGAUCCUAGUAAAUUUGGUAUGUGUGCUAUGUAUGUCAUUCAAGCGUGCAGCGCCACGAGACACAAUCUUAACAUGUGCCUUCUAGUUCGGUAUUGACUGAAAAAAAGAUUGAUUCAUUUUAUGAGGAAAGCUAGCCGAAUUCAGAAUCCUUUUUUUAAUUUAUAAUGUUUUUGUCAGGAGGUGAGUCUUAAAUAUUGUGGCGACAUUGACUUGCACCCUUUCUCAAACUUGAGUGACCAUCUGAGUGAUAAUUUUACGUCCGUCGGAUUUGGUGACUGAUAACUGGAAUAGUCAACAGUGGCCUCAGUUACAGAAGGAAUCACUUGCUUUCUAUAAGUGUCUAGAGCUAUAAUCGAUGUUGACAUGAGUUGUCUUCUUUGUCUUUCAAUUUGCUUCCUCUAAGCUAGUAGUAUACUCUACUAAUAAUGCUGGUCCUGAUUGCGAACCAACAUCCCAUAUUUCUUUCAUUCAGUUAGGCCAAGCUACCGUGUAAAGUUACAGUUUUGCUUUCACGUUGCUAGAAACAAAUAUGCUACUGGAAUCGGUUUGCAUACUUGAUGCAUCCUUCAAUAGUUGGCUCUUGCUUUCUUCUUUCUUAUGUACAAUUUUCCAAACUUCCCAAUCAUAAUAGUUCAUACGUAAAGGCUGGUUUGCAAAUUUGCGUUUGACUGUGCUGAGGGUGUUGUAAUUUCUUCUAGGUAAGCUUUAACUACCGCAUGGACUCGAAACUUUUCCAACCUGUGUAUAAGUAGACCGAAGGUUUUGCGGCAUUUGUGAGAUCAAAUUAGCACAUUAUUUAUGAGAAAGAGUUGCUUAUGACAUUGUCAUCAUUAUUUCAAGUCCACGGUGAAACACCCUGUGGGUAAAAAAUUAUAAAAAUGUAUGUAUAUGCAGGCCAGAUGUGUUUCAGAGCCACCCGGUUUGGGCGUCGGUGUGCCAGCGUUUGCAAGAAAUCGCAACAAACUCGGCACACUUGGCGCGGUCAAGUGCAAAUCUGUGAAUCAGCCUUAAGCAUGCUUUUCCUAUCUACAGGAGUGCUAUUUAUAUUAUCGAUGCUCCUGGAUACUUAAAAUAAAAGUUUGUUUCUUUCUUGUUUUUAGUGGUAUCUCAGAAAUUUUGUGUGUCCAUGCCUUAGUAAAUUACUUCUGAAAUGUAAUAUAACGGUGCUUUCUUUGCUCCGAAAGUAGUUAAUGUGAUUAGUAACAAUUGGGGUUGUGUGGAUAUUUACACAGCGUGUAGUUGGUCAGCCAUUUCAAAGUUGCGAUAAAUCACUCGCUGUAGAUGAGCAAUUUAGCCAGUGCAGUACAACCACUAGCCUGGGGUCUUUAAUGUGCACCAUGCGCAGUAGUGAUACACGACCGCACAUUGGUACGAUGAUCAUCCAGAUUGAAACAGGCAGGGGUGGGGAUUGAUAUUGUGAUUAGGAUUAACACAGGACGCAGUGUAUUCAGGUACAUUUGUUUUGGAAAUGAAUAAAUUAUUUCAUGUUUACUUUUUUUUUUAAGCAACCUGCUUUGAGUAUUGUUGAUCUGACAAAAUCUGGCAAUGAAAAAUGUAUUCCUUACCCCGUUGUAGGUUUCACAAUGUAGGGUUUUAUGCUGAAUGCUUUUUGUGCCUUUGUUUUACCAAGUUCGUUGAUUAUAAGAUCAAGUUCCGUAUAGUUGGAUGUUCGGUUGUGUUGCUGCACUCUCCUUAGUUGGAACACUGUAAUUGCUGUUGACUGCUAUGCAAAUUUCAUAGGACGUCAUGAUGAGACGUCACCAUCAAAUCGCCACAGGGCCCAAUAAAUGUACAGUGAAGACUA